CUUCGGCUCGACCACGCCUCCCAGUUCCUUGAGGCUCGAGAAGACAUCAGGAAGAGUUUCAGGGAGUGAAACGAAAGUCUCCAUUCCACCCAUCUAGACUGGUGCUUAAAGUUGCCAUAGUUGCCAGCCUCUCUUGGUAGUAGUAGAAGGUCACGAAAUUGCUUUCUCGAGAUAAUACUAGUUUUACUAGUUAGCCGAUCGUACAAAAUGGAUCGUUUUUUUAGCUAGUGAGGGUGCUAGAUGGUUAGCCAAUUAACGCUAGCUACCUAGAUUAGCUUGCAUAAGCAGGAUGUCAGUGAUGCCUCAGGCCGGCAAAACAUAAUAACUCCUCGACGUUAUCAUGCCAGUUAAAAUCAUUAAAGAUUUAACAAUGACGAGGACCAUUGGGAGGGCGAAGGUGACUCAUGCAGUAGUGGUCAUAUUCCUUGAGUUUUUUGCCUGGGGCCUUCUAACGACACCCAUGCUGACGGUUCUGCACGAGACAUUCCCAAAACACACAUUUCUUAUGAACGGUCUCAUUCAGGGAGUGAAGGGCCUGCUGUCGUUCAUGAGUGCUCCUCUUAUUGGAGCGCUGUCCGACGUGUGGGGCAGGAAGUCCUUCCUCCUGCUGACUGUGUUCUUUACCUGUGCACCCAUCCCUCUGAUGCGCAUUAGCCCCAGGUGGUAUUUUGCACUGAUCUCCCUGUCAGGACUGUUCUCUGUCACAUUCUCUGUGAUCUUUGCAUAUGUGGCGGACAUCACUGAAGAGCAAGAGAGGAGCACAGCAUAUGGCCUGGUGUCUGCAACUUUUGCAGCUAGUCUGGUUACAAGUCCUGCUAUUGGGGCUUACCUGUCGGCCACAUAUGGUGACAGCCUGGUGGUUCUUGUGGCAACCAUUAUCGCAGUGCUGGACAUUUGCUUUGUGCUGCUGGUGGUGCCAGAGUCGCUGCCCGACAAGAUGCGCCUCUCCUCCUGGGGCUCCCCCAUCUCCUGGGAGCAGGCCGACCCCUUUGCUUCCCUGCGGAAGGUGGGGAAGGACUCCACGGUGCUGCUCAUCUGUGUGACUGUGUUCCUGUCCUACCUGCCUGAGGCAGGCCAAUACUCCAGCUUCUUCCUCUACCUGAGACAGGUCAUCGACUUUAACUCUGCAACCAUAGCUGCUUACAUAGCCAUGGUUGGGAUCUUGUCCAUCAUAGCUCAGACUCUGCUGCUGAGUGUCCUGAUGAGGACCAUUGGGAACAAGAACACUGUGUUGUUAGGGCUGGGCUUUCAACUCUUCCAGCUGGCCUGGUAUGGCUUUGGCUCUGAACCAUGGAUGAUGUGGGCAGCAGGCACAGUGGCUGCCAUGUCUAGCAUAUCCUUCCCAGCAGUCAGUGCUCUUGUCUCCAAUUGUACAGACCCUGCCCAACAAGGUGCAGUACAGGGCAUGAUUACAGGAAUCCGUGGGCUGUGCAAUGGCCUUGGCCCUGCCCUUUUUGGCUUCAUCUUCUUCUUGUUUAAUGUGGAGCUCAAUGAGAUCGACCCCACAGGCAGCAGCCAGAGCAGUAUACCCAAAGACCCUAGUGAGAAGCCUGUGAUCCCAGGCCCCCCAUUCCUGUUUGGAGCGUGCUCAGUGGUGCUGGCGCUCAUGGUGGCCGUGUUCAUCCCGCAGCAGCCCUGCGUGGCUGUGAAGACGUGCUCGGCCUCCAGCGCCCGCCCCCCCUCGGCCACCAGCUUGCAGUGCCACGUCCCACCCCCCAGCGAUGAUGACAUCGAGCCACUCCUGCAGGACAGCAGCAUGUGAACGUGACCCCCCCCCCCCCCCCCACCACCACCACAACUGGAAGAACCUCCACCAGCAGCAGAGGCCAGGCUUCAUGGGGUUUGGAGAUCUUGUUCCCUCUGAUUUGAAUUUACUGUUUGACACUCCAUUAUGAAGCGACUGUUUAUUAGUUAAAUUUUAAAUAUAUGGGAUUCAGGGCGGUAUUUUUAGAUGGAAAUGUUUUAGGGUUGCGUGUGUGUGGGAGGGUGGGGUUUAAAGCACCUUGUUGUAGGAAUGAGUGAUUAACAGCAGCAAGAUGAGUAGGGGAUGUGAUGGCGUGAUCCUUUUCAUCAGAAUAUGUGCCUUUUUAUGAUGUGUUAUUUUUUAUUUCCCAAUGUCCUGUGGCAUUUCUUAAGUUUCCACUUAAUGUACUGCACUUCUCCUGCAUACUGUGUCCAGUCAUGGAGAUGUUAAAGAUGGUUUCAGACAUAUGGCAUCCUGUGCUUUACCACACUGCCCUGGAAAUGCAGCGUAGAUGCUUUGUGUCAUGACCCGUCAUGACGGUGGGACGCCUGUUUCACAAUCCGGGUGUAGUGUUCUGAAAACACAGAUGCCUAUUGGAGUCAAGGAGCUGGUGUUAGUGCAGAACUUGAUGGAAUAAAUGCAGUCAUGGUAUUGGUUUUGCUCUGGUAAACAGCAGACUCUACCAUUCUCCAAUGUAUCAGCAGUCAAUCAACAAAUUCUGUGUUCCAUAAAAACUGUAUUGAAUUAUGAAAACUGCAAUCUAGAUAACGUGUUAUUAGAUCAUUGCAUUCUGCUGCUUACUACCUUCUUGUAGAGGGCAUAUGGGUCAUUCAUGUUAAAUCAGCAGAGGAUUUCCAACUGACCUCCCUUGAUAUUUCAUGUAAAUGUCAUUUAUUGAACUCGGCAACUAGUGAGCAAAACUUCAAGCCUGUACCUUCAGUAUUUGAGAUGCCGGUAGAAACCUUUACGAAGGGUGUGUGGCAUAUGUAAUACCUUAAUAAAUACAGUUUGGUUCAA